ACAUUAAGCAGUAAGAUAAUUAUUUUGUUAGGUACGUGCCUGUCUCCUUAGUACAACCUCAGCUGUGAUAAGGAAACAAAUGAAUUAAUAGUGUUUAAUCCCGUGCCAUAAAACUUGCAGGAAUAGUUAGAGGAAUCCCCGACAAUCAACAACCCCAGCAACUUUGGGCACAAGAAGUUUACUUUGACCCUUUUAAUUGCUAUGGGGAUUCACUGUGAUAUCAAUUUACGUAAACCAACCAAUGGAAACUUUGUUACUGGAGGCACAGUAUCCGGCGCCGCUAGGUACGCUCUAGACGAAGAAACAGUUUACACAAAGAUUUCAAUUUCUAUAAACGGCAGAGGAUAUCUUGAAGUACUGAAUGGUAGAAAGAAAGGCGAAGCAGAUGGAUUAAUAAAAGAUGAGGAAAAAUAUUUAAAGGAAGAGAUAAUAAUUUUGGAUGACAAUAAUGGGCAGGGUUUGCCCAUUGAUACUUACGAUACACAAUUCAACUUUCAACUACCACUGGAUAUACCACCGACUACCGACUUUGUUAAAACUUCUGGCAGUUACACAGUACGAUGCAAGAUUAUUUAUUAUAUAGAAUUUAAGUUUGAAUGCCCUGAUGGUUGUCAGCUUUUUAGUUCAACCAUUAGCGUUAUACCGGGCGUCAAUCCAAAAAUAUCGGCAGAACCAAGGAUUUACGAUAAGCAAAGGAAACUAAUACAAUUAUUAAGAGACAGUUUUGUAACUCUAAAAGCCACAAUUAACAACCCUGUAGUAACGUCUUGCAAUAAAGCUGAUUUAGAAUACGAAAUAUUUAAUGAUACUAAUGUCAAUUUUAAAUGCGUUGAAAGCAAAUUAGUGGAAGUGACGUCUUUACCAAAAGGAUACAUUAAUUCAACGUUUGAUUACGAACUAGUUGCUGAUAUAAACACGACCGGACUGAGAAGUGGCGAAACUCAAACUAUUGAUGUAGACAUACCCAUACCUAGAGACGUCCAUUCUAUUGAAUAUUCUCAACUUAUUGCUCGAGAUUAUUUUGUAAAGAUAACUGUAUAUCUGCCACUACCGUAUCGUAAUGUUACCCUGAAGGUACCACUACAAAUAGCAGGUGCCUCUAAAGAACACAUAAUGAAUGAAGAUGAGGAGCUCAUCACCCAUUGGAAAGCGAUGAAUGAAGAUGGCAUUCAACUUGAUAUUCAUGAUUCGUAAUUAUUGAAAGUAAUUAAAUACAAUGUUUUUGUGUAA